CUGAUUUUAUGAAUAAUAGAGAGUAUUGGCCUAGCGUCCUGCCCAGAAGAUCUUGGUCCGCCUUCUCACUUUGAGGAGUUGAGGCCCUCAGGCUCCAUCGGAUCACUGGCCUUCCCUAUCGAGACCGCUUGGCUUCCUUACAUCCUCAACCUCCGCUAGACCCUUCCUUUCCCCUCUUCCCCCUCUCGCCCCUCCUUUCCUCCCCAGGGCGCUCCUCGUCACCACUUCUCCGUGGUCUCUUGCGGUCCAGGGCAUCUGCCUCCAAUGCAGUUCCCGUCAUGUCGCUUAAUGGGCUAGAUAAUCCCGCUGUCAUCGAAGUCUACCAGACUGCUCUGGCCGAAGCGGGAGGAUGGUUUCUUCUCCGGUAUGUAUCAAGGGAUGAGGUCGCUCUCCUUGAUCGCGGGACUGGCGGGGUGCCCGACGUGCGCAACGCGAUCGACAACUACGAAGAGAAGUCCCCGCUCUAUGGCUUCCUCCAGUAUCGGCGACGGAAGGUGGUACUCAGCUAUCUACCAGAGGGCAUGUCCCGGCUCCUGCAAGCCCGAACAACGGUACAAUUCCAAUCGGUUCUCGACAAAUUCUCCCCGCAUGACACGGUUUUCUCGGUGGCGCAGCCAACAGACCUCACGGAAAGCGCAUUGUCCUCCGCAUGUCUGCUGCAUACUGCUUCCGGUUCAAUCACCUCCUCCUCAAGCUCUCUCCGCCGUCGUCGAUUGAAGGAGAUCGCAGAAGAUGCGGAGGAAAAUACCGUAGGCAAGGACGAGGCGCAGAUGCAGUCCCCGACCGAUGGCAUGCGGCAGAGAUCAUUCAGCCAACUCUCCGAGGCCACAGUUGUCCCACCAUCGGCGGUGUCAAGCGUACAACAACCACCUGUUGCCGACGAGCCGAGCUCCAAGACCUCCGAGAGUGUCUCCCUUCGAGAACGGUCUCCCUCAGUAGCCAGGUCGGAGCGUGCUCCUUCCCAUAAGAGCUUUCACGACGACGCAUCUUAUGCUUCGUCGGAGCCCCGAAAAUCGUCGCAGUCCGCCCGACCCUUCGUCCGUGAGAUCGAACGUGCAGGAGGACGCACAACGAAAGUCAAGCUGGGUCCCCGGCCUUCGGUAGACGGAAGUGGACGGCCACGGACUGCGGGCAAUCUAUCUCGAAGCGCCGAACGGCGGCCGGUCGCAUCCUUACCUGCGGGCGUUCGGUCAUCGUCGUUGCGCAGGGCGAAUCCCAGUCCUUCUCGGCCUCGAUCCCAGGGAGGCAACGGAGUGCCCGUGUCCAGCAAAGUGCCCGCUGUGCCUCCGUUGUUGGUACCCCCCUUGUCAAUGCCUAUCUCCCGACCCAAAGUUUCGCCCGGUGCCAAGUCGCUGAGUGCGCUCUCGUCCUCCACGACGUCACAGGAGAAGGAGCGGCUGAUGAAAGCCCUUCAGAUGCGGAAGACGCAGAUGGAGAAGAGAGCGAAAGAGGGGAAGAACAGCCCGAAAAUCGAAAAGGGAGAUGUUGCCCAGCUGGAUGCGACCGAGAAUAAGGAGAACAUCAGUCAUAUACAAGUUAAAAUGAAGCACGACGGGGCCGAGGAUCGAGCGGUCCACUUGGCAGGGCCGGACAAGGAACCCCUUUCCGAGACACAACCGACGGUGGUUCGCGAUCAGGGGGCCGACGAGCAGCCGUCGCCUCCUAAUCCUCCCGACGAUACCUGCGCGGUGGAUGAGACCGGCAGUGGUUCCCCUGAGCAGACGCACGACGACCCCUCAAUAGAUGGCGAUGAGUUUCAGGCGGGAGCCCCUCGGUCGGAACCUGAAACGCAGACUGGCGACAGGGACUUGGGCGUGUCCAAUUCCGGCGGCGCUACGGGUGGCCCCAGCUCCCCUAGGCUGCCUAGCGUCAUCGCCGCUCCACUUGAGAACAAUUCUGGAAUGGCUCCGGUCGAAGAAAUUGCUGGCCCCUCGCCACCAAAACCAGUCCACCACCCUCUUGUUCCUGGCGAACAAGAGGUUCAAAUCAUUGAUCAAGACAACACCACCCAGUCGGAGGCUGAUCGCUUCGACUCGAUUUCUCGGUCCGACUCCCCACUCGAGAGUUUGCCCUCGACUUCCACCCCCAUUGCCUCGUCGAUCGCCGCUCCCCCUCCGCCGGAGCCGCAGCAUGACUUGACCCCUGAAUCCUGGAAUGUGGAGCGACAGCACAGCACUCGAAAGGAGAAACGCAAACCUUACCUCGAGCCUAUUCAAGUCCCUACCCCCGACUACUCUGAUGACGAGAACCUUCUCUCAGACGACUCCUUCAUGGAAGAAUUGAAAAGUGCCACGGUAGAGGAGGCCAAGCCGAUCUCGGUUGGCGUGUCCCCCCUCUCCCCAGGCUACUCCAACAGCAGCAACGGCAAGGUGUCUCCAGAUGCUUGGAGGAAUUCCCGCGCGGUUUCAAAUCCUAGCGCCAUUGGACACCAACCCCCCAGCAUGCCGACCGCCAUGGGCAGAUCCGUGUCGACGACGGCCGCUGAGGCAAGUGCUACUCAGAAUGCCCCGGUCCUGGUGGCGAGGAAGAUCAACGUGUCCUCGGGCAUCUCAAGCCGGAUCAAGGCAUUGGAGAAAUUCUCAAGCACUCGCGACGCACCAUCCACUACCAAUAGCCUUGCCCCUUCUGCCGCCUCCUUCGAAUCCCUACGCAAAGGCUACUCGGAUGCCUCGUCCCGGCCUUUGUCCUCAUACAUCCCUGAAACCUUUUCGCGGGCGUCGAGCGUAAGACGACCCAAUUCGCAGGCGGGUCCUGGCCUCACGCGCAGCGCCAGCUCCGUCUCGGUGACUGCUCGGAUAGUCCGCGAUCCAAUUGCGGCUGAAGGCGACUCGACCGAUCCUUCCGAGCCGGCCAUCCUUAAUCUACAACCCAGCCAGAUCACCGUUGAACAUGAAACCACCGAGGUUCAUGUCUUGCCGAGCCUAGAUACAGAGCCGGCCAUUCAGUCGGAAGAUGAUACCUUGCCUCCAUCCACUGCCGGGUCUGACCAGCAAUCCUCCGAGUCGGUGCAGCGCCCCGAGAGCAGAAUCUCCAUCUCCCCCUCCAUCAAAGAAGAAGAGGCAUCGCCAGCCAAGUCGGACGAUGCACCCUCCACCCCUGAAAGUCAGAAGCAGUCCCGUGCUACGCGGCUGCUGCGGCGCAUGUCCUCCAUCACCUCCCGUAAAAGCGUCGUCGGAGUGCUGAACCCGAUCGUCAAAGGAGAGGGGAGUAAUAUCUCCGUCAAGAUCGAAGAGCCUGAGAGGGUUGCCCCCAGCGUGACGGAGGCGGCCCCGGCGAUCGAUAUCGGCGAGGUCAACGUGCAGUUUCCCGACACCCUCCUUUGGAAGCGGCGCUUUGUCCGGAUCGAUGACCAGGGGUAUCUGGUGCUGACCCCUGGGAAUGUGGAUUCCAGUAACCGCAACUUGGUCAAGCGGUAUCACAUGUCCGAGUUCCGGACACCUUGCCUGCCCGAUGAGGACCGACAGGAGCUCCCCAACAGCAUCCUGCUGGACUUCCUGGACGGCAACACUCUGCAAUGCGCCUGCGAAUCGAGACAGGGACAAACCUUUGUGCUUCAAACACUGGUCGACGCUCACAGUACCUACCACACUGCCCCCCAGUAGCCUUCUGCCUGCUGAGCUGUGCCUUUCUCUCAUUUUGACCUGCAUAUAUUGCGCGUUCCUUCACCAUUUCCUUCCUCACCCGGUGUUUUCAGCGGUAUACCCCUCAAAAACGGUUUUCUUCUGUACCAACUGUUUUUGUAUCCACAAUUCUUCUCUCCCCGACCUUUUCUUUGUUCGACUUGAUGAGGUGCAUGAUGUAUGGCUUGUGCCUGCAAGGUUAGGAUCUGGCUUGAUAUUGGCAGCAUUCGGCGGUUGUUUCCUUGGUGUGGCGCCUUAUUUAGGCAGCCUUGGAUCUGUGUCCGGUGCCGUGGAACCUUUUUCGCAUGCUGUUUGAUCUAAGAAUUGUAAACUUGGCAUGUUGGCAGUUUGCAUUUACGUACUUCUACUCCAUUCACUGUACGCUGUUCCGACCAGGAGUCGAUGGCAUGUACUCAUUAUUUUGAGAUGAUCACAGGUGUUUAAUUCCAUAUCCCAACGCCA